AUGAAGAAGCUGUGGUGGAUCAGGGUGGGACCAGCACAAUUCUCAACAUCCACUAUGAGAAGGAAGAGUUGGAAGACCUUCUGCUUCUUUUCAGGCCAUAGGACCCUGUACGUGGGGGUCCGGAUGCCACUGGGCCGGCAGAGCCAUCGGCACCACCGAACGCACGGUCAGAAGCACCGGAGACGAACGCGGGGCAAGGGAGCCAGCCAGGGGGAGGAAGGCGCAGAGGCCCUGGCCCACGACACACCAUCUCAGCGUGUUCAGUUCAUUCUUGGCACUGAGGAGGAUGAAGAACAUGUGCCUCAUGACCUCUUCACAGAGCUGGAUGAGAUCUGUCUGAAAGAGGGAGAAGACGCUGAGUGGAAGGAGACAGCCAGGUGGCUGAAGUUUGAAGAAGAUGUUGAGGAUGGGGGAGAACGAUGGAGCAAGCCUUAUGUGGCAACCCUUUCACUGCACAGCCUCUUUGAGUUAAGAAGCUGUCUUAUUAAUGGGACAGUCCUUCUGGAUAUGCGUGCAAAUAGCAUAGAAGAAAUCUCAGACCUGAUCCUGGACCAGCAGGAGCUGUUCAGUGACCUGAAUGACAGCAUGAGGGUUAAAGUCCGGGAAGCUCUUCUCAAAAAGCAUCAUCAUCAGAAUGAGAAGAAGAGAAACAACCUCAUCCCCAUUGUUCGCUCCUUUGCUGAGGUUGGCAAGAAGCAGUCUGACCCACAUUCAAUGGAUAAACAUGGUCAAACUGUGUCUCCUCAGUCCAUUCCAACCACAAGUCUUGAAGUAAAGAAUGGAGUGAAUUGUGAACACAGUCCAGUGGAUUUAAGCAAGGUGGACCUUCAUUUUAUGAAGAAAAUUCCCACUGGGGCGGAGGCCUCGAAUGUCCUGGUUGGAGAGGUGGACUCUCUGGACCGCCCCAUUGUCGCCUUUGUGAGGCUAUCUCCGGCUGUCCUUCUCUCAGGCCUGACAGAAGUGCCCAUCCCAACAAGGUUCUUGUUUAUCUUGCUGGGUCCAGUAGGGAAAGGUCAGCAGUAUCAUGAGAUUGGCAGAUCCAUGGCCACCAUCAUGACAGAUGAGAUUUUUCAUGAUGUGGCUUAUAAGGCAAAAGAGCGAGAUGACCUCCUGGCAGGGAUUGAUGAGUUCCUAGACCAGGUGACGGUGCUUCCUCCAGGGGAGUGGGACCCCUCCAUUCGAAUUGAGCCACCCAAAAAUGUCCCUUCCCAGGAGAAAAGGAAAAUGCCUGGAGUUCCAAAUGGAAACGUUUGCCACAUAGAACCGGAGCCACAUGGGGGCCACAGCGGGCCAGAGCUUCAGCGCACCGGGCGGCUUUUUGGGGGCUUGGUGCUGGACAUCAAGCGGAAGGCCCCCUGGUACUGGAGUGACUACCGGGAUGCCCUCAGCUUACAGUGCUUGGCCUCCUUUCUGUUCCUGUACUGUGCCUGCAUGUCGCCUGUCAUCACCUUUGGGGGAUUGCUUGGAGAAGCCACCGAGGGGCGCAUAAGUGCGAUUGAAUCCUUGUUUGGAGCCUCCAUGACUGGGAUCGCCUAUUCCUUGUUUGCCGGCCAGGCUCUUACCAUCCUGGGAAGUACUGGGCCAGUGCUUGUGUUUGAAAAGAUUUUGUUCAAAUUCUGCAAAGACUACGCUCUUUCAUACCUCUCCCUGCGAGCUUGUAUUGGACUGUGGACUGCCUUCCUGUGUAUUGUCCUUGUGGCAACUGAUGCCAGUUCCCUUGUCUGCUACAUUACUCGCUUCACUGAAGAAGCGUUUGCCUCCCUGAUUUGCAUUAUUUUCAUCUAUGAAGCAAUAGAAAAGCUGAUUCACCUGGCAGAGACCUACCCCAUCCACAUGCAUAGCCAGCUGGACCACCUUAGCCUGUAUUACUGCAGGUGUACCCUCCCAGAGAAUCCAAACAAUCACACUUUACAGUACUGGAAGGACCACAACAUCGUGACAACAGAAGUCCACUGGGCCAACCUGACUGUUAGUGAGUGCCAGGAGAUGCACGGAGAGUUCGCAGGCUCCGCCUGCGGCCACCACGGACCCUAUACUCCUGACGUGCUCUUUUGGUCCUGCAUUCUCUUCUUCACCACCUUCAUCCUUUCCAGCACCUUGAAGACGUUCAAGACGAGUCGCUAUUUCCCGACCAGAGUCCGCUCCAUGGUGAGUGACUUUGCCGUUUUCCUCACUAUCUUCACAAUGGUGAUUAUUGAUUUUUUGAUUGGAGUCCCAUCACCCAAGCUUCAGGUUCCCAGUGUAUUCAAGCCCACAAGGGAUGACCGAGGGUGGAUUAUUAGUCCCAUUGGCCCCAAUCCCUGGUGGACUGUGAUUGCCGCAGUUAUCCCAGCACUGCUCUGCACUAUCUUAAUAUUCAUGGACCAGCAGAUCACAGCUGUCAUCAUUAACAGGAAGGAACACAAACUCAAGAAAGGAUGUGGCUACCACCUGGACCUGCUGAUGGUGGCCAUCAUGCUGGGUGUCUGCUCCAUCAUGGGCCUGCCCUGGUUUGUGGCUGCAACUGUCCUAUCCAUCACACACGUGAAUAGCCUCAAACUGGAAUCUGAGUGCUCUGCCCCUGGAGAACAGCCCAAAUUCUUGGGCAUCCGAGAACAGAGAGUGACAGGCCUUAUGAUCUUUGUGCUGAUGGGCUGCUCAGUCUUCAUGACAGCUAUAUUAAAGUUUAUCCCGAUGCCGGUCCUGUAUGGAGUCUUCCUCUACAUGGGAGUGUCUUCCCUGCAAGGAAUUCAGUUCUUUGAUCGCCUGAAGCUCUUUGGGAUGCCCGCGAAGCACCAGCCGGACUUCAUCUACCUCCGGCACGUGCCGCUGCGCAAGGUGCACCUUUUCACCCUCAUCCAGCUGACCUGCCUCGUGCUGCUCUGGGCCAUCAAGGCGUCUCCAGCUGCCAUUGUCUUUCCCAUGAUGGUUUUGGCCUUGGUCUUUGUCAGGAAAGUCAUGGAUCUCUGUUUCUCUAAGCGGGAGCUGAGCUGGUUGGAUGAUCUUAUGCCUGAGAGCAAAAAGAAGAAGCUGGAUGAUGCCAAGAAGAAGGCCAAGGAGGAAGAGGAAGCUGAGAAAAUGUUGGAAAUUGGGGGAGACAAGUUCCCCUUAGAGAGCAGGAAGUUGCUGAGUAGUCCUGGGAAGAACAGCAGUUUCAGAUGUGACCCCUCCGAGAUUAAUAUAUCUGAUGAAAUGCCUAAAACCACGGUCUGGAAAGCUCUCAGUAUAAAUUCUGGAAACACAAAGGAAAAGAGGAAGGAGAACCAAGACAAACGGGUGUGGGACACAGGACAAGCCAGGAUUAAGUCACAGGGGGUGUAUGGGAAGGUUCCUGUGCAGGAACUGAAGCCAGUUUUCACCCAUUAA